AUGGUAAAGCGAAAGAGUCUGGGCCAGGCGCCUGCGCCCAAGAAGCGCAAGGCCUCUCCUGACACAGACGAGGAGAUCGAAGCGUAUGCUGCUGCGUCGACGCUCGUCGACCCGAUGAUCGACCCUCAAUUCAGCAGCGACGAGGACGACGAUGACGAAGAUGAGGCCAUGGAUGCGGACGACGACGAUGGGGUAGAGGAGUUCGAUGGGGAUGAGGGCGUUGAGGAGUUGGAUGGCGAGGAGGCUGCCCCGGUGGCGGGCCCAUCGCGCUCGCGCGGACUGUACAAGGCCCCGACGCUGGCUGAGCUCGACGAGCUGCGCGCUGCAGAGUCGGCCGGCGGGACGACGUUCGCGCUCCAGCUCGAGUCGCUCUUGUCCUCGACGCUACUGUCCUCUGUCCCCGCGACAGCGCUUAAGAACCUCCUCGGCGCCGUGCACGACCUCGUACACGCGCUGCCCUCCCUCCCGACCGUGGCGCCGCGCAAGGCCGAGGCGCGCCUUGGCAAGGGGAGCAUCCCGUUCCCGGGUCCUGCAGCGCUGUCGCCUCUCAAGGGCGAGCCUAAGUGGACACUCGGGUUCACAGCCCCCGCCGAGGUAGUUGUUGGUGGCUCGUGGGCCGUCUGCGGCGGAUACAAGACUGGCAAGGGGCGCGCCGGCAACGUUGACAUCAUCGUCAUGAUGCCUCAGGACAUGUUCUCCGCCAAGGACCGCACGGCGUAUCGCUACUUCCACAAGCGCGCGCACUACCUCGCCGUCAUUGCCGAGAGUCUCAAGAAGGCCUCUAAGAAGGGUGGGCCGCUCGCCGGCGUCACUAUCCGCUGGGACAACGUCGAUGCGCAGCGGCCUAUCGUAGUCAUCGAGGCUGGUAAGGCACAGGGAUUGAAGCAAGCCCUCGAGGUGCGUAUCCACGCGUCCGUCCCGGCCAACACGUUCCCACUCGCGACGUUGUACCCUUCGAAGUCGCUUGUGCGCGGUGACGACUCUGGGCCGACUCCGCUCUGCAGUUCCGCCAUCCUUCUCGACACGCUGCAGAAGGCGCACCUCCUCAAUCUCCAUCAGUUGAGCCAGGCGAUGAGUGGCGAGCGCACCGUCGACAAGUUCCUCGCAUUGUGGCGCAUCUGGGCCGCACGCCGUGGGCUCACCCGCGCCCACGGGGCGAGCGGGUGGUUCGCUGCCAUGCUCCUUACGUGGGUCGUUCAGGGUGCGGACGUCGGUGGCAAGGGCGGUUCCCGUGUCGCCACGAAGCGCGUGCGCGGCCUCGGUAAGGGCCUCGGCGCAUGGGGCGCCCUCCGCGCCGUGUGGGAGAUGCUCGCCAACACCGACUUUGAAGCAACCCCCGUGUUCAUCGCCGGUGAGCAGGCCGUACCCCGCCCCGAGUUUGUCGGCGCUUUCAGCGACGUCCUCGUCGACCCUACAGGAACCGUGAACCUUCUCGCUGGGUGGGAGAAGGGCGAUGUGCAAUUGCUGCGUCACUACGCUCGCGAGACACUCGCAAUGCUUGAGGAUUCGACGGCCGACCACUUUGCCGAUGUUUUCCUCCAGUCGCAGACGCUGGGUCCCGCCUCGUUCGACGAGUACAUUAUCGUUGACGCGUCCGAGGCCAAGCUAGACGUCGACGCCGUGCAGGCUGCUGAGGACCCUCUUCGGAUCGACCGCCUCGCGCGCCGCGCGGCAGAGCUGAUCCGCCGCGGCCUGACCGACCGCGCACGGCUGGUCCACACCCGCGUGCUCUCGCCUACCACGUUCGCAGUCGGUCUCCUCCUCGACGGUGCUCAGGCCACUCGCGUGCUCGACAUGGGACCCGCCUCCGACAACGAGGCUGGGUGUGCUGCGUUCCGCGAGCUGUGGGGCGAGCGCGCCGAGUUGCGCCGGUUCAAGAACGGCGCGAUCGCAGAGUCUGUCGUGUGGUCCGUCCCCCGGCCCGAGGACGCUGCUCUCAUCCCUUUACGCGCAGUCCAGUGGCUGCUUGAGCACCACCUUGGCGCGUCCACAACGCCCAUCUCGACGUCUGACCGAUGGCUCUCGAUCCUCCAGGUGCCCGAGAGCGUGCGCGACGCCGUCAACACCAAGGGCUGCGAGAAGCUCGGCUUCCGUCCCAUGAUGGAGGGGUAUGACGCGCUCUACAGCCUCCUCAAGUCGGUCGACUCGGAGCUGCCUCUCGGAGUGCUGCACGUUGCGCCCGCCUCCGACCUCCUGCGCUACUCAUCCACAUUCGUGCCGCACCCGCUCGACGUUACCCGCGCUGCCGCAGCGCCCGAGUACCUCGGCUACGUUCCUGUCGCCGAGGUAACGUUGCAGUUCGAGUCGUCGCCACGGUGGCCUGAUGACCUAGCUGCGAUCCAGAAGCUCAAGCUCGCGCUGUUCGAGAAGCUGGCACGCGUGGCUGAGAGUCGGCUGCGUGGUGUCAAGGUGGCGAUCGCAUUCGACGCCGACGCUACCGACAUCGAGGACCAGGCAUCUCUCGAGGUGCUCAUGCCCCAGGGUGUCGCGUUCCGCGUGCGCAUCAGCCACGACCGUGAGGCGACGCUGCUGCAGCGCGCACUCGAGCCUCCAGCCCCAGGACUGCCGAACCAGCUCCCCAAGCCGCCGCGCCGUCUUGUCGUCCCCGCGCUCGCAAAGUGGAAUGCACGCUUCCAGUACGCGCCGACGCACCACGCGUCCCUCGCACCGAUGCACCACCGCUUCCCCUCUUUCUCGACCGCAACACGUCUUCUCAAGCGCUGGGCGGCCGCACACAUGCUCACGGAGGGUGACGUACAGCCCGAGGCCCUCGAGCUGCUCACAGCGCGCACCUACCUCGACCCCGGGUCACUGGCGCCGCCGGCCUCCGCGACGGCAGGAUUCCUGCGCACGCUCGCGUUCCUCGCAUCGUGGGACUGGCGCUCGGCCCCGGCCUUCAUUCCCCUGGCCGCGGUGACGCGCGACGCGGCGAGCGCUUCCGGUCGUCCACGCUUCGACGCCGAUCUGCGCGCGGCUGCAGUAGCGGCGUUCGAGAAGGCCCGCAGUGUGGACAAGGACGCCCAUACCGCGUGGGCGCUCGUGACGGAGGCCGAUGAGGCGGGUAAGCGCUGGACUGCCCGAGUCGGCCCUCUGAUCGCCGGCCGUGUCGCUGCGCUCGCGCAGGCGACGCUCGCUCUUGUGGGCGGUGCAGUGGAGGUCGGCGAGCUCGACGUCGCAUCGCUCUUCGCGACGCCUCUCGAGCACUACGACGCCGUCCUGCCCCUAGUACCCGGCACACGUGCGGCUGAGGCGCUUGACCCCGAGCAGCGCCUCUGGGAGAGCACGUUCAGGAACGUUGGGGAGCGUGACAUUCGUCUCGGUUUCGACCCCGCGUCCCUGCUCGUCGCCGACAUCCAGCAGGUAUACGGCGACGCGGUCCGGGUGUUCCACGACGCGCAUGGCGGACGUGCUCUCGGCCUGUUGUGGAACCCAACGCGCAGCGUACCACGCGCGUUCAAGCCGUUCCUCGGGUUCAACACCGCGCCGGCCGGGGGCGAGGCGGCGCUGGUGGUCUUGAACAAGGAGGCGGUUGUCGCGGAGAUUACACGGCUGGGGCGGGGCAUCGUCGCGGCCGUGGAGAAGUAG